UUCGUAGUUUUGUUGAAUUUGAUUUUGAAUGACCCUUGUGUAAAUCUGGUCUUGUUGAGAAGUAACUUAGUUAGUUGUUGCUUUGUUGGUGAUUGUCGGGAUGAUUUGAUGAUGAAGUGGAAGUGAUGGCGUUACUGUUAUUAUCGACACUCCAGACCAUUGCUGUCGUUGUACUUGCUGUAGCUGUUGGUAUAGGUAAUCAUGGCGGUACAUUGGCGGCAGAGACGAAAUCAGUCAAGAUAGUCGAUGCACCUGUGGUGAGCCGUGCCUACUAUUCAACAUUUAACAGCAAGAAGCUGACUGCGCGUGUAUCCCCUGCUAAUGUUCGCGGGCCAAAGGGACUCAUGUAUCUCAACGGGACUUGCUUAGAUCUGACGCAGGGAGAUUACAAGUACGAGGUGUGUCCUUUCCAGAAUGUGACACAACACGAGCAGUCAUCACGGUGGAAUGCAUACAAAGGUGUUCUCGGUGUGUAUCAAGGCUGGAAUGUGGUGAAUGGCUCUUUGCACUCCAUGCAAAUGCUUCACGGUGACUCUUGCGGCAUGUCUGGUACAUAUAGGCAAGCUGAGGUGGUCUUCAUUUGCUCAGCCGAACACAAGUUGUCAAGCGCAUCAGAACCAAGCACAUGUCACUAUGAGCUGAGAUACCAGACUCCACUAGCUUGCAACUCCACGUUGAUGGCCGUGUAUUACCUACUCAAUUCUUCACAGCAACAGGACUGGAGAGGUGUUCAAGAAUUGUUCUUCCACAAUGAAAUAACAUUGAAGGGCUUGGCAAGACGAAUGGAUGAGAUAUAUAUCCAAGCCGGUCUAGUUCCCACUCCUGAAGAUUCUACAAAAAACCAUGGUUCUGAUACAAAGAAAGAAGAUGUUGCUCACAAGUCUGAUACUGGUGGAUCAUCUCAGUUUUCCUCAUUCUCAGCUUGUGAAAAGGCACAUGGCGAGCUGGCGGAGAAAGUCAAGCGACUGGAGGCUGAGCUUGCGACUUUGAGGCCGAAUAGGACGCUGAAUGCUACGAAGAAGAAUGCGACAAGCUCUAAUCAUCCAGUCUCUAAAGUAAAUGCUUCCAUUGUGAAGGGAUCUCCCCGCCAUAGUGAUAGUGAGAGAUCUGAACAUCAUGCAGCUGAAGAUUCCAAGCUACACCACUCUGAGAAGACGAACAACGAUGUAGUGGCAGAGUCCAAUAAUCUACAACGACAAGAGGACAAUGGAAACGAACAGCUCCCUAGUGCUCAGGAUCAGAAGAAGCAGCACAAGUCGUUGGAAAAUCAGCCAGGUCCUGACACUUAGCAUGAACAGGACAAUGACGAUGACAAUGUGAUGGGAAAGGAAAUAGCUUGUUCAUCUUAUCGAACCUCUGGAAUGAUCCAGUAAUUGUGACCAAGUGCCUGGACUGCCCACCAGCUGAUUGGUCGGUGGCAUCUUCCAACCUGACUGGCAGCGCAUGCUUGCUGGGAUGUUUAGCCGCUUGGGCUGUUUUCUAUUCUCAGCUAUGCUACACAGUAUGCUUAUCUUCAUAGAUGGUCACCCGUGUUCAUAUCCAUUAGAUCCUUUAUAAAGUUUUAGGUUUUUUAUUUAUUAUGAAAGUUGGCUUGGGUGUCGUUGACAUUUGACCAUGUGACGUCAAGCAACUCUUACAAGGCAUGCACCAGGACAUGUACUGAUAUUGCCAAUACACAGCAAUCUGGCUGCGGGUGAUAUUUUAUUAAUGAUCCUUCAACAUGUGCCAGUCACAAUGUAGGCUUUGGCCUGGAAUAGGAGACACUGCACGACGUGACCACGCAACUAACCAGGGCAGUGGACAAGGAAGCACUAGGCCGAGGGUGUUUUCUGCCUUGCAAACCCAGUCACAGCUCGAUCUGUGCCCCAUCACGA